GCCCCCUGCUUCAGCCUGCGGGGCGCGACAUGGCGGCCGUGCGGGUGCUGCGGGUGCUGCUGCUGCUGCUGGAGCCGGCGGCCGCCCUGUGGCCUCAGCCCCAAGCCCAGCGCUCCCCGCCGGCCAGCGGGCGCUGUCCAUUGCCUCCCCGCCGCUUCCGUUUCGCCCACGCCAACGACUCGGCCGUGGGGCCGGGCUGCGCCGUGCUGCAGGCGGCUUUCCAGCGGUACUGGGCGCUGCUCUUCGCCGCCGCCCGCCCGACCGAGGAUGAGCCACCCUGGGGAACACCCUGCACUCAGCUUCUCGUCUUCGUUGCCACACCAGGAUGUGAUGGGUUUCCCAGCCUGGACUCCAAGGAAAACUAUAAGCUGUCCGUCUCCGAAGGCUCUUUGCUGCUCUCUGCAGAUGCUGUCUGGGGAGCUCUCAGAGGCCUGGAAACAUUCAGCCAGCUGGUUGGGAGAGAUGAGAAUGGCACGUACUACAUCAACAAAACAGAAAUUGUGGACUUUCCCCGCUUCCCUCACCGAGGACUCUUGCUGGACACCUCUCGUCACUACUUGCCUCUGCGAGCCAUCCUGGAAACUCUGGACGUCAUGGCUUACAACAAGUUCAAUGUGUUUCACUGGCACAUUGUGGAUGACCCAUCUUUCCCUUAUGAAAGCCUGACCUUCCCAGAGCUCAGCAAGCAGGGAGCCUUCAAUGCCAUGACCCACGUGUACACAGCCAGCGAUGUGCAGACGGUGAUUGAGUACGCACGGCUGCGCGGCAUCCGAGUGGUCGCUGAGUUUGACACUCCAGGGCACACGCUCUCCUGGGGUCCAGGUGCUCCAGGCCUCCUGACUCCCUGCUAUCUUGGCAAGGAACCUUCUGGGUCCUAUGGGCCCAUCAACCCCAUCCUUAACAGCACCUAUCAGUUUGUGACCAGCUUGUUUAAAGAGGUCAGCACGGUGUUCCCAGACUUCUUCCUUCACCUCGGUGGCGAUGAGGUGGACUUCACAUGCUGGAAAUCCAAUCCAAAAAUUAAUGCCUUCAUGAAGGAGAUGGGCUUUGGUGAAGAUUACAAGAAAUUAGAGUCUUUCUACAUCCAGAGGCUUCUGGACAUUGUCUCUUCCCUUGGCAAAGGCUAUAUUGUGUGGCAGGAGGUAUUUGACAAUGGAGUGAAGGUGAGGCCGGACACCAUUAUCCACGUGUGGAAAGAGAACUCCACUCCGUACAUGGAGGAGAUGGGGAAUGUCACCAGGGCUGGCUACCGGGCUCUGCUCUCUGCCCCCUGGUACCUCAACCGCAUCUCCUACGGGCAGGACUGGAUAGCAGCCUACCAGGUGGAGCCCUUGGAGUUUGAAGGCAGCCCUGAGCAGAAGGAGCGAGUGAUCGGUGGCGAGGCCUGCAUGUGGGGGGAAUAUGUGGACGUCACUAACCUGGCCCCCAGGCUCUGGCCCAGGGCUGGAGCCGUAGCUGAGAGACUGUGGAGCAACAAAACCGUCAGGGACCUGCAGGAUGCCUACAUGCGGCUGGCUGAAUUCCGCUGCAGGCUUCUGGGGCGGGGUGUCCCAGCGCAGCCUCUCUACAUCGGAUACUGUGACAAUGAAUUUGGUGGGUUGUGAUGGGAGUGUCCCACAGCCCCAGGUGGCUGUGUACACAGGAGGGGUGAUCCCUCUCUCUUAACAGCUGCUGCCUCGGCAGAGGGACCUUUUCCCACCCCAGCUCCUGCUCUUCCUUUCUUGCAAUUAAUUUUUUUUCCUUUGUGCACACUCUUUGCCACUUUUUCUAUUUUUAUUUCUUUAAAUCUAUAAAUAAAUGACCCCAAAGAGGAAAAAAGGUGCCUUUUCAUGCUUAGUUGGGCCUUGGGAAGGCAUCGCAAGGGGUUUUGUUAGCAAGAGAUGGGUAGGGCUUGCUCCAGAGAUGCCGGUGGAGGAGCAUCCUCCUGGUGGCUCUGGAGUAUGCUGGGUAUCUCCUCAGAUGGAUGAACUUUUCUUAGUCUCUGCUGCUACCAGGCUCUGUCCCUGCAGAGAGAAGGUGAUGAGAAGGUAUGGGCUUCCCCAGUUUUCUCCUUUACCACCCACCAUCUGGAUGUGUAUCAGGAUAAGUGACAAAGCCACCGUGGUUUUGCUUCUGUGGUCUUUUGUGCACCGGCAGUCAAUGCUGUGGUGUUGUUUCCUGUCCUUAUCUCUUCUGCCUGUGUCCCUGCCUGCAGGCCACCAUCUCUGUGGCCUGAAACCCUCUCCACAGUCACCUCUUCUUCUGGCUUCUCCUCCCAAGAAGGCACCCUGGAGGCUCUCCAGGGAGACGUCAAACCCACUAAGCUGAGCAGCACAUGGAUUUUACGUAGUCUCUGCUCAGGAGUUGGCCAAGUGGUCCAUCCUCCUCCUGCUCUGUUGCCCUUGAUGAAGGGAGCUCAGCUCCAGGUCUCCUAUAUCUAAAGGAGUUUGAUUAAUGUUUUCUUUGAAGAAGAGACCAGUGUUGCUGCUGUCCUGCAGACCUGAGACAAUCAUGGUUCUU